AUGAGCAAUCCACCUCGGACAGAUGUGCCUUCGCUCCAGGCAGCUGCCGGCCAGCUGCCGCUUCACGGCCGAGUGGCCAUCGUAACCGGUGGCGCUGGCGGCAUCGGCGAAGCGGUGACCACGCACCUCGCCACCCUCGGCGCCCGCGUCGUUGUCGCCUACAUCGGUGACCCGGCGCCCGCGGAGCAGCUCGUCGCGUCACUGAACAGCGCGGCCGUGCCCGGGAUGGGGACGCGCGCCAUCGCGUUGUGCGCAGACGUGUCGGACCCGGCGCAGGUCGAGCGGCUGUUCGACGCGGCGCAGGCGGCGUUCGGCCCUAACCUCCACAUCCUGGUGACCGCCGCCGGGGUCCAGGACGCGGCGUACCCGGCCAUCGCCGACACGGAGCCGGAGCAGUGGGACCGCGCCUUCGCCGUGAACGCGCGCGGCACGUUCCUGUGUUGCCGACAGGCGGCGCAGCGGCUAGUGCGCGGCGGCGGCGGGCGGAUAGUCACCUUCUCGUCGUCGAACGUGGCGUCGCUCCGGCCGGGGUACGGCGCGUACGUUGCGACGAAGGCGGCCGUGGAGGCGAUGACGAAGGUGCUGGCCAAGGAGCUCGCAGGGACGGGCAUCACGGCCAACAGCGUGGCGCCGGGGCCGGUUGCCACACCCAUGUUCUAUGCUGGGAAGUCCGAGGAGCGCGUGAAGGUUGUUGCCAGCCAGUGCCCCAUGAAGCGCAUCGGCGAGCCGACGGACGUGGCGCCGGUGGUCGGCUUCCUCUGUAGCGACGCUGCUGGGUGGAUCAACGGCCAGGUGAUUCGGGCUAAUGGCGGGUACGUGUAA